CUUUUUUUUUUUUUUUUCUAUUUCCUUUUUUUAUUAUUUUAUUCUCAACAUUCUAGACGCAAGUGCAUGGACCUAAGCAAUCGUUAUUCUAUUUUAUUUUGUUGGCUACAAUCUGGAUCAAAGAAAUCCUAGAAAGUGAUGCUAGUUGCAUUUGCGUUCGGAAGCGGCGCGGAUGCCAACAACAACAAGUAAUCGCAGCAGCUUUUAAACUCCUGGUGUUUACCUCCUCCCAAACCCCCCCACCACCAAACCUCUUCUCUCUUGCUCUCAUGCUUGUCAGAUUCCAUCGUUGCGAUGUCUGGAUUAAAUCCUUUCCGCCCUAGGAAGUCCGAGAACAUCCCAGGCCAUCAUCAUUCAUCGUCUCCGUCCAUCACCACGAAUUAUUUCUCUGCGCCUCUGCCUACUGCCGCUCCUGUUGCCAACACUGCCUCCGUCUCCAAGGAAUUCAAUAGUUCCACCGUUACCCCUCACGAGUCCCUCGCCCGCGAUGUCGAUGAUUCUGACUCCUCUGAUGAGCAAUCCGUAUCGGAUCCCUUCCAUCAUGAUUCAUACGCAAAUGAUAGCGAUGAUGAUGCGACCCAAGACAGCAAUGGGCCUCGUUAUGGGACAUUAAACCCAUCCCCUUAUCCUCGAGAGUUUCCCGAAGAUGAUCGCCCCCAACUCCAAGCACCCGGCCGUGCUGCUCCACACCCAGCUCCAUCAUCGAAUUUAUCACCUCCCACAACCGCCACUGCGCCAUCUGCAGCCUCAGCUGUAGGAAUAGGCAGCAAAGAACACCCCGAUGAAUCCGAGGGAUAUUUUGGGACGUCACAAAACAGUACGACGGCAAACCCUAACAUCCUUGUCCAAUCAUUGGGAACCCGUACUGCUAGUAGCAGCAGUACUGAUGUAUCUCAAUUUUCCAUCCACACAGGAACAUCCAACCAUCCUUUGACGGAUAAAUUUCAUUCAAACGUCGACGUAGAGUCCAAACCGUUCACUAGCCGCCCUAGCAACAGGGAAAAGAAGCCUCCGCCACCUCCUAAGAGCCAUCAUGGAAAACGCAUCAUUUCAAGCCCUGUUAUAUCGCCUUCCCCGCUUCAAACAACAUCCACCAAGCCCUCAAAUCGCUUUUCAUUCCAUGGAUCUUCGCCGGAGAGCUCCUUUUCCCACACACCUGCUACAUCUUCUCAGCCCAGCAGAAAGUCUUACCAGCCGGGGACGGGUUACUUUCCCCCGGUUGCGAAGAAUCAUGAAACGCAGCCAUCUGAAUCUCUCAGGCGCAGCCAGUCUCAAUACAAACGGCCUCCCACCCCGCCGCUUAGUAGACGGCACAGUCAGAUGAGGAGGUCCAAAUCAACAUUCUCCAAGCCCAAUCCAUCUCGGCUAAGCUUGCCACCGGGUAGCUUGGAGGUCAAUGCUGGUCCUCCGAGCCCAAUUAUCAGAUCCUCAGCUUCAUCGCUACAUCGGAACUCCAGAUCUAGUAUGCAGUUUCAAGAUGAAGAUGCCAUGGAUUCCACGAACCUUUCAGCAGCGGAGCCCUCCAAUUCGACGUCUUCGUCGAUUUCCAGGAUAAAUCCCGUGAGGCGAGUAUCUCAGACAAGUUCCCUGACAGCAUCUGCGGCACCACCUCCCCCACCCCCUAGGCGAGUUCGUGGAUCGAGCAAUCACAGCAACGACAGUGCUCGACCUGUCAGCAUUUCAUCGGAGAAGAAGGCAGAUGAAGAGUUUGUUCCUUAUCCGUCCAAUGCCUAUGAUAUCUUAGCCGAUUUGUCACGCUUGCAGAAAGAGGUAGAUGACCUCCGUGGUCACUUACGAGACUGAGGUCAGUCACUGACCCGUGCUAAGUACUCUGGAUGGUUAAUCCAUCCCCAUUAACAUACCGUGUACUGUCUAUAACCAUGAAUUGGAGUUGGACUGCAGUUUUCUUUUUUUGGGAUGGAUAGUUUGUAUACUGCAUGUGAAAUUGAAUGACUGGUGUUUAGUUACAUAUAUAGCUAUUAACAUAGUAUGAACCUAUGAAUUACGAUUGACCCGAUGCAAUCAUUCUUUAAUAUUAGUGAACACAUCCAUCGAACACGCCUGCAGACUGAUCAUCGGCAAGGAGAAAUCAGCG